AUGUCCGAGAGUCAACAGACACCCAACCCACAGGCGUCCGGAGCCAGCUGGACUUCGUUCAUCAAGUCUAUCGCAUCCUUCAACGGCGAUCUCGCGUCCCUAACGGCCCCUCCUUUCAUUCUCUCGUCGACAAGUCUCACCGAGUUCAGCUCGUACUGGUGCGAGCAUCCCGCAGUGUUCGCCGCACCGGCUAAGGAGCAGGAUGCCGCCAAGAGAACCCUGUUGGUGCUGAAGUGGUUCCUCACAACCCUGAAGCAACAGUACGCCAGCCGAAGCGAGAAAUACGGUAACGAGAAGAAGCCCCUCAACCCCUUCCUGGGUGAGCUCUUCCUUGGUUUGUGGGAAGACAGUGUUGGCACCACAGAGCUCAUCAGCGAGCAGGUGAGCCACCACCCUCCCGCGACGGCUUACAGUAUCACCAACCACCAAUCCGGAGUUCACUUGGAGGGGUUCAACGCGCAGAAGGCCUCUUUCACAAAGACAAUCAACAUCAAGCAAGUCGGCCAUGCCCUCUUGACCGUCCCCAACCCUGCGAAGCCGGCUUCUAAUGACACCUACCUCAUCACCCUGCCUUCGUUGCACAUUGAGGGUCUUCUGCUCGGGUCGCCCUUUGUAGAGCUGGAUGGCGCCACAUACAUCACGAGCUCGACUGGCUUCACUGCCAAGGUCGACUUCAGUGGAAGAGGCUGGCUCAGUGGCAAGAAGAACUCCUUCACUGCCAACUUAUACCCUACCGGCAAGGAGAAGGAGGUGCUUUACAACGUUUCGGGCCAGUGGACAAAGGCGUUCGAGAUUCACUCCGGCUCCGCAAAGCAUAACAGCAGCAGCAAUCUGAUUGAUUCUUGGGACCCAACUUCCCAGCCGACUACCAAGCUCCAGAUUGCGCCCAUCGAGAACCAGCAUCCUUUGGAGUCGCGCCGCGCCUGGUCCAACAUUGCCAAAGGCAUUGCCAGUGGCGACAUGGACUUUGUCGGCAGAGAGAAGUCCAAGAUUGAGAACGCACAACGCGCCUUGCGCAAAAAGGAGCAAGAGGAAGGCCGUGCCUGGGAUAGACGCUACUUCAGUGCUGUUCAGGGUGGCUCUGACGUUGCACUAAAGUCACUCGCAGCACACGUUGGCAUGAAUGAGACCGGCGAUGCGGACAAGACUGGCGGACUUUGGAGAUUUGACUCAUCAAAGGCCGACAAGGUCCGAGGACAGGCUCUGAGUGAAGAGGACAAGGCGAAGUUGGCUAAGGAGGUGUUGGGCCAGUAG